AUGUCUUUCGGUUUAAGCCCCACAGAUUUUAUAGCAGUCAGCAAAUGCAUGGCCGGAAUGGCAACAAGUCAUCCACGAACGGACAAUGACCUGGGUCUCUCGGACCAGAACAUCAUGCAAAAGAAGCCAAAUAAACACCAAUACCAGCGGCAGCAACACGAACAACAAACCCAGAAACGCAAAAUCAUCGUCUUACACUAUGGCAGCGAGAAGAACGUUUUCUGCUCUGACUUGCUCUCGGAAACAGACUCGACUGCUAGCGAGACGCCUAAUGGUCGAUAUUUUCCCAGGCGAAGGGAAUCUCUCGGGUUACAGUUGAAUAACUACCGGCUAAGAUGGCUAGGAUAUCGCAAUCGCAAUUGGGGACGUGGAUGA